AUGACUCCCCGACCCGUCGAGAAGACUUGGUGGAAAGAAGCCAUCGUCUAUCAAAUCUACCCCGCCAGUUUCCUCGACAGCAAUGGCGAUGGACUCGGCGACAUCCCCGGCAUCAUCAGCAAGGUCCCGUACAUCAAGUCUUUGGGAGUAGACACAAUCUGGCUUUCUCCAAUCUUCGCCUCGCCUCAAAAGGACAUGGGCUAUGACGUCGCAGACUAUCGCUCCAUCCAUGCACCCUACGGCACGGUCGAGGACGUUCAAGAGUUGAUCGACCAGCUCCACGCACAUGAUAUGCGCAUUCUCAUGGACUUGGUCGUGAAUCACACCAGUGACCAACAUGCUUGGUUCAAAGAGUCCCGCGGCUCAAAGUCAAACCCCAAGCGUGACUGGUAUAUCUGGCGCGACCCCAAGUACGAUGGCCAGGGUAACCGCAAGGAACCCAAUAACUGGAAGUCGCUCUUUGGGGGCAGUGCAUGGGCCUUUGACGAGCUGACUGGUCAAUACUAUCUCGCUCUGUUCCUGCCCAGUCAGCCCGAUCUCAACUGGGACAAUGCAGAGAUGCGCAAAGCCACCCACGACGACAUGCGCUUCUGGCUCGAUCGGGGCGUGGACGGUUUCCGUAUCGACAGUAUGAAUUUGAUGUCCAAGCACCCAGAUCUACCGGAUGGAAAGAUUACCAGUGAUGAGCCGUACCAAUCUGGGGCGGAAUACUUUGCUUCCGGUCCCAAGAUGCAUGACUACAUUCGCGAGAUCAGGACCGAGGUCUUUGAUAAGUACGAUGUGAUGACAGUUGGUGAACUUGGCUUCACAAAGGACGAGAAAUCUGUCAGCGAAUACGUUGCCAAGGAUCGUCGUGAACUGAAUAUGCUCUUCACCGGUGACAUUGUGGAUAUGGAUUUCGGACCAAACGCAAAAUACGAGCGCGGUGAUUUCCACCCGCGAAAGAUCCGCAAAAUUACCAAUCUUUGGCAAACGGUGAUGCCCAAAUUUGACGGGUGGAACACCGUCUACCUAGACAACCAUGAUAGCGGCCGCUCGCUAUCUCGAUAUGCCUCCGAUGCCCCGGAGCACCGCUCGACUGCUGCAAAGAUGCUGGCUACGUACCUGACAACGUUGAGCGGCACUCCCUUCAUGCUCGCCGGCCAAGAGAUCGGCAUGGCGAAUCUUGGCAAGGACUACGGGGUGGAUGCAUACAUUGACGUAGAAGGCAAGAACUAUUACAACGAAGUCUUGAAAGCUCGGGGUGGCAAUGUUGGCAAGAUGGACGAUGUUCUCCGCGAGCUGCAACUGAAGUCCAGAGAUCACGGACGUCUGCCAAUGCAAUGGGAUCGCUCGCCCAACGCCGGCUUCACCGUGGCAAGCGCCAAGCCAUGGAUGACUAUCAACAAGGAUUAUAUCGAGUGGAACGUUGCCAGUCAGCUCGAUGAUCCUCGGAGUGUCAUGGCAUACUGGAAACAAAUGAUUGCGCUGCGGAAAAAAUACUCCGAUCUGUUCGUCUAUGGAUCUUAUACCCCCUUGGAGGAAUCUGAGACUGGUGAGAUGGUUCUGGGAUACGAGCGUAGUGGGAGGCAGACUGAUCAGAAGGCUGUUGUAUUGCUGAAUUUCUCGGAUCGGGUUCAGACUGUACCCGCGGAGAAGUAUAAGGGUUUCGGAAUUUUGGUUUCGAAUCAGGAGGACAUUGAUUUGGCGAAGGGCCAAGUUGAGCUGCAACCAUAUGGUGCCGUGGUCCUCCUUAACGAGUAA